UCAUAAAACCAAACCGGCAAAACUUCCGUAAAAAAUAAAAGCGUUUCGUCAGCGUCAAUGGAGAAGGAAGCAGAAUCAAGGCGAAAGAGAGAGGUGGAUAUAACAGUGCUAGAGAAGGUUGGUCAGGUCACUGCCUCUAUCAAAGAUGCCAAACACGUCGACCAAGUCAUUUGCGCUCUUCAUUCCCUCGCCCUUCUUCUCUUCCCUCUCGACUCCCACUCCGUCGCAGGUAGUGUUAACGAGCAGUACAGGGAACAGUUAACAAGUUUGAGACUCCCGGCUACACACGAGAGAGAUGAAUGGUGGCAGAUUUUCUACAAAGGCCCUGCAUUUUCAACAUUGGCCAGGGUUUUGUUAUAUGAUGUGGCUUUUGAUUGGCUGGCAUGUAUCCCCAUUUCUGUGAGGAUGCACGUCUAUGAUGUGUUCUUUUUGAGAGGACAAGUCAUUGAGGUUGUUCAAAAACUGGUUCCUUGUCUGCAAUGGAGAAGUAGUAGUGAUCAUGGAACCUGUGCCGUCCACUCAAAUGCUGAAAGAUUGCUUGUGCUUUGUUUGCUUGAAAAUAAGGGAGUUACCCAGAUUGCUCGAGAAUUGUAUACUUUCUCUCAUGAUCUUGCCCAAGAAGAGCUAAAGCAGAUUAUAUCCCGGGUGGUCCAACUCCUUACGUCUAUACCUGAUAAAGCACAAGCGGGAACCCCUAAUGCAUUAUCAUCACACCUCUUCUUCAAGCAUAUCACUGCUCAACUUCUUGCUGGAGCACAGGAAUGGGACGAGCUUUUAGAUGGAGGAACUCAUGUUGAUAAAAACAAAUUAGGUGGUGGCAUCCUGUUAAUGGGUGAAGCAUUUGCUCGUAUUAUUCGGCGAGGAUCAGCAGAUGUGCUGUUAAGUGUAUUGGUUCCUGAGUUACUUAAACAUGUGCGGGGCUCCUUGCCAUUAAAUUCGGAUAUCCCCGUUGGUGAAGCAUUUGAAUCAACACCUGGUUUGCGAUUUUGGUUGAAGAUGAUAGAGUCAAUCAAAGACCCUUACUCUGUAGAAAGAAUGACUGAAGAGCUACUUAAACAAUUAGCAGCUCAAAAUACAGGAGAUAUUGAAGCUCACUUGAUUUUGUGGAUAUUGUUUCAUCAGAUUUACCAGCAACAAGCCUCGAUUAGGUCCAUGUUUCUUGAGAAAUUUUUGUUGUGGAAAGUAUUCCCUAGCAAUUGCUUGAGAUGGAUUCUUCACUUUGCUGUUUUUCAGUGUUCCCCUGGAAAUUCCUCAUCUGUGAAAGCUUGUAACCUCCGUAGUCUCUCAGAGACUGUCCAGCAUCUUGUCACGGCGUGGUCCAAACGAGAAUUUGUGCAAUCAACUUCUAUUGAGCAGCAAGCCUAUAUAACUGCUGCAUUAGGCCUUUGCCUAGAGAAGAUGUCUAAAGAAGAUUUAGAUGCAACCAAGGAUGCAAUGCACUGUAUUCUUGAAGGAGUUAGCUGUAGGUUAGAAGGUGCUGACCAUUUGGUCCGUAAAAUGGCUAGCAGUGUUGCUUUAGCAUUUUCCAAAGUAAUUGACCCCCAGAAUCCUCUCUACCUUGAUGAUAGUUGCCGCGAGGAAUCUAUUGACUGGGAGUUUGGUUUAUUAACCCCAGAAAAAAGAUUAUUGGCUAGGUCAACAAACAUAGAUGGAGAUACUAAGAGCUGUUCAAGCACAGUAGUUGCAAAAGAAUUAAAUACCAUAGCUGCUACCAGCACACAUGAUAACGUGAUGGGCAAAAAGAAGAAAUUGUUUGAAUUUGAAUCCGUUGAUCCAGAUGAGAUUAUUGAUCCAGCAUCCCUAAAUAAUGAGGUGGACUCAAGGGAAGAUGAUGAGGAUAAUGCAAGUGAAACCUCUGAGUCCUCGAAUGACUCGUCUCUGCAGCCAUAUGACUUGUCAGAUGAUGAUGCAGAUCUGAAAAGAAGUUUCUCACAGUUAGUGGAUGUGAUUGGAGCACUAAGAAAAUCUGAUGAUGCUGAUGGAGUUGAUAAGGCUAUUGAUGUUGCUGAGAAGCUUAUACGAGCAUCACCUGAUGAGCUCAAGUUUGUAGCUUCUGAUCUAGCCAGAAGUCUUCUACAAGCCCGCUGCUCUGAUUCAACUAUUGAAGGGGUGGAAGAGUCAGCUGAAGAGAAGAGACAAAAAGCACUUGUUGCUUUGAUUGUCACAUGUCCUCAUGAAUCGCUCAAUACACUAAACAAAUUGCUUUAUUCACCAAAUUUAGAUGUCAGCCAGCGGUUAAUGAUACUUGAUGUAAUGACAGAGGCUGCACAGGAGCUUGCAAGUACAGGGAUUUCAAGACUUAAACAACGGCCUGGCGCUCUCAUAUCAUCCAUGUCCGAUCAAGCAUGGUUCAUGCCAAAACCUAUUGGUCCUCCAGGAACUGGUCCUUGGAAGGAGAUCUCAACACCAGGAACUCCUUUGAAUUGGUCUCACUCUUAUGAGAGAGAACUUCCCCCUAAACCAGGUCAGAUCAAGAAAGGAAAGACUCGCCGUUGGAGCCUUCAUUCAGCUGUACCAGAAAAUCACCUUGAAUGGUCCCAGAAUAAGUUUCCCCAGUAUGCAGCGGCAUUUAUGCUUCCAGCCAUGGAAGGAUUUGAUAAGAAAAGGCAUGGUGUAGAUUUGCUUGGCAGAGACUUUCUCGUUUUGGGGAAGCUUAUUUACAUGCUCGGUGUCUGUGUGAAGUGUUCAGCCAUGCAUCCAGAAGCAUCUAUUUUGGCAUCUCCUCUUUUGGAAUUGUUAAGAUCAAGGGAGAUAUCUCAUCAUGUGGAAGCUUAUGUUAGGAGAUCUGUCCUGUUUACUUCUUCAUGCAUAUUGAUUUCUCUUCAUCCCUCCUAUGUGGCGGCUGCCUUGGUUGAGGGAAAUUCUGAAAUUUCAAAAGGACUUGAGUGGGUUCGCACCUGGGCACUUCAUAUUGCUGAAUCUGACACCGACAGGGAGUGCUACACACUGGCUAUGACUUGCCUCCAACUCCAUUCAGAGAUGGCUCUUCAAACUUCUCGAGCACUUGAAUCACCAGAAAGCUUACCUGGAUCGAAUAGCAGCAGUCUACCAUCAAAUGUAUUGAGGGGGUUUAUCAAAAUCCCCAAUUCAAGUGGUGGCAUUCUGAAUGCCCCUUAGAUAUUAUUGACAUGUUUAUUCUCUGGCACGAUCUGUAUAUUUCUGUAAUAUCCAACCUCGCCUUCCUAUAUGACAUCCCUCAGCACGAAAGAGGCCAUGACAGAUCACACAAGAUCAAGAACACAAAUGGAUCUAUAAGAAUUGCAUUCACUUGUGCACAAUUUGACGUGUGAUAUGGAGGAUUGGUUGGUAGUCGACAACUGCAGCAUAAAACUUCGCAAUGCUUACUACAAGAGCUGGUGUGAGAUGCUAGAUUUUGACAAUGAGGCAUCUUCCAAAAAAACAUAAUAUUGGCAUGUCAUCUGAUGAGGUUUAUCAUCCAAAAGAUUUUAUUGCAGCCUUGAGUUUAAAUGUGUUUCGACAGUAUGCCUUCCUUUUCCCAUACAUGCACUCUGGAAUUUCAAUCAUGCACGUACAAAAUGUAUGCCUCUAAAUAGAUUGCAAGUCCUUGGCCAUGGAAACAAGACUUUGAGAUCUAAAGCUCUAUCCAAGGUAGCUUGUUAAUAAGAUCCCGACUAGCACGAAGAUAAUUACGAAACAAUAGAGGGUCUCAACGCUGUUUCUUGUUGCUUUUGAAAAAUUGGAGUUCUUGUGUUUUUUUCCUUUUCUAAGUCUGUAUAGUAGGCUUUUCAAGAAGGGUUAUCUGGUUUCCUUUUCUUGGGAUGUAAUAGAUAUAAAUACUUGGUAGACUCGUUCUUGAGGAAAGACUUUGCAUAUUGUGAUUCCAAAAAUUGAACUUGGCAAUUACUUUCAAGUUUGAGUUCU